AGCAAAAAUAAAAAAGGAGAGUACUAAACGAGAAUUAGACAAACAACAAAAUAUUUUUGAAAAUAAUAAUGGAGGGAAACAGAGUGGUUCAAGUGCUGAAGAAGAAAUAAUUAUGGGUGAAGAUUCUGAUGAGUUUGAUGUCGAUAGCUGUUUAGAUGAUGAAGAGGAGGAAUGGGAAGAAAAAGAAAUUGUUAUUGAAAAAAAUAUUCAAGAAAAUCCACCCUCAUUAUAUAUUCAAAAAAGUGAUCAAGACAAAAAUAAAGAAGAAAAUCAACAACAACAACAACAAAAACAAAAUCCUAUCGAGAAACUUUAUAAUAUGCAUCAAACAUAUUUUGCUUAG